AUGUCCACUCGCAAGAGAAAGAACGAUCCCGAGGAGGAGCUUCAGGCCCUUCCUAGUGACGACAGUGAAGAGGAAGAGGAGUACGAAGACUCGGAAGAUGAAGCCUCUGCCGUGAGUGAUGAAGGCGACGAAGAUCCCGAAGCCGUGGAGGAAGAUUCCGAUGACGAGGACGAAGAAGAAGAGGAAGAAGGUCCUCCGGUAGCCAAGAAGCAAAAGACUAAGCCUGCCGCCGAUGACAAGGUCGCCAAUGGUGAUAAGAAGGACGAGGACGAAGAUGAGGAUGCAGAGGCAGAGGGAGAAGAAGAUGCGGAUGAUUCCGCGGAGAUUAGUGGUCCUGCUCAGGCUGCGGUUAAGGCUAAGGGCGAUGUUAUUCCUAAGGAAGCGGACCUGGCUGAGGUCGAUGAUGUGGAAGAUGAGGAAUAA